AUGUUGCAAAAGCAGCUAUUGCCCGUCCUCCAGUUGUACCCGCCGGCUGGCUUGGCAUUUGGUGGUUUAUGUCUGGUGCUUAGAAUGGUUGAGUCUACCAUGACUUUGAAGGAGGAAAUGAUGGAAGGCCUCAGCCACAUUGCCUAUGCCGUCGACUGGUAUCUUCAACUGUGCGUUUCCUCCGUGCUUCACUGUAAAGCUAGCAAGAAGGGAGACGAUCGCACCCCCCUCCACAGCUUGCUCGUAAACCUCUUCUCGAUCAUGUUAGAAUAUCAAGUGAGGUCAGUCAUGUCGAUUCAAUCAUUCUGGACGACAAUCUGGGGCUUCCCCCUAAACGAGUUUUCCGAUCUCUUGUCGCGGAUUAAAGAGAAAGAGAGCUAUUUCGAUAGAAAGAUAGGGUUGUCAGCACAAACGCAGGUAUAUCAGGAACAGGAGCAAGCUGUGAUUACCUCUGUCAUCCGACAAUUCUCCAGCCCCGAGGAGAAGCGAGUGACCAGCGAAGAAGACAAAGGCAUUGCCGAGGCUUUUUCUGAGUGGCUUCACGACCAGCCGGACUUCAAGAACUGGGAAAAGGGUAGCAGAGGCAUUCUUGUCGUCAACUCUACCCGUCGGACCAAUCCUGCUCUCGCCGGAGCCCUGGCCUUGACCUUGCGCCACGGUAGAGACGAGAUUCUGACCGCGCAUUUCGCGUCCACGGACACAAGGAGCAAGAGCCAGUUCUCGAAAAUGGCGAUGGCGCUCACUCACCAACUACUCCUCCAAAGACAGGACAUUGCGCUUGGUCCUGUUGCUGAAGUCAGAAACCACAAAAGUGUUGAGGGCAAAGAAGAACUUCUCAUCCAGUCGGUCGCGCACGUUCUAAAAGGCUUGGGACGUAAUGCCCGUGUCAUCUUUGUCCUUGACCUCUCCCGUACUCUACUAGCUAAGGACAGAGAGGGCUUCCAGCAGUUGAUUAGUAAGAUAUUUUGCACAGAUGAGACAAACCCGCAGCCGAUCAAACUGCUCAUUACUUCCCACAUGGACGUAUGCCUCAACAAGUUUCUGUCGACAUUCGGCGAUAUGACGACUUACCUCCGUGUACCCCCAGACGACAGUGUCACGAAGGCAACUUCAUCCACGGACGCAACUUCAUCCGCGGGCGUAACUUCAAGCAAACCUGAACCGUUGUUCGGAUGCUCCACAGAACGCAGUACAACGGACGCAAACGUUCUGCGGACAGCUCGUGGAAUCGAUUUUCAGUUAGUCCCGUCCGUCUUGCUCAUGAUGGCUGGCGCUUGUCGACCACUCACUCUGGCAGAGCUCGCAUCCAGCGUAGCCGCAUACUGCGCCGUCACUGAAGGCUCAAAUGUCAUGGAAGUCAUAGGCGGUGAAGAGCUCCGAUCGCUACUGGUUAGGGCAGACUGUCUAAAGUAUGUUAAAGUGUCCCUACGGGUGGACUUUAUAAGCAAGACGGCUGAGAACGAGGCGGCCAAGGUUUACGGGUUGGGAGGAGUCAUGCCCAAACGCCAUGCAAAGUUGGCUCUAGCGGAGGCAUCAAUCUUUUUCCUCUCACAGCAAGUAGCCGGCCUGUCGUUGGAUGAGGUUGACGAGCUCGCCAAGGGUGUGGCAUUCGAUCUCGAUAACGUAGCGAGAACAUCAGGGUCUACAAAACACUGUGCUGCUGUUGAAAAUUCUAUCAUCAAUGCCUCGUUCACGUGCUACGCCGCAGAGCACUCAGCGCCGCAGCUUGUCGAAUUUCCCAUCCACGAUGCCCAGAAUGGCUCGUUGCGUUUACGGCCUUCUCUACAAAAGUCUCAACAACAGUUAUGGCAGCCACACCAUUUCUGCAUGCGGUUUUGGUAUCACCGGGUCAACGCGUUGGAUGUCCCCAUCCACGACUCUCAUAUAGCUUACCUAUCCUACUCCCGAGCUUCUGGCCCAAUAUCGAGAGAUUUUGGUAAGAACCUCUUUAUUGCCGCUGUGGAGCUUGGUCAUCUGGAUUUCGUCACUGAGGGGCUUAGACGUGGCCAAAACGCCAAUGAGACAAACCAGUUUGGCCACAACGCGUUGCAUAUUGCCGCUAUGCAUGAGGACGUUGCUAUGUCACGAAUCCUUCUGGACAAGGUCGGCGUGGAUAUGCUCGCUGAAGAUACGAUUGGCUUCACUCCGAUCCACCUUGCGGCAGAUCUCGGAAACCCCGAACUUCUCGAGGUUUUCUUUAAAGCGGCACAACGUCGACUCAAUCCAAGCCAGAUCCUGAAGUUCCGGUCCAUGUUCGACAAUGGGCCCGAGUCUCGGAGACACGCGUCGCAAUGCAAAUGUGGAUAUGAUCAACUGAUCGAACGCCUGACCCCGUCUGGCCGCGAGAUAGGAAAGGCCAUGGUAUAUAUUGCCUGCCGGAGGCAUCCGGGGCUGAUGCAGACUUUCCUUGAGCUCGGCAUCAAUGAAGCCAAGCUGCAAGAGCGGUGA